ACGGCCCAUGGAUCAGAAUAGGACGCUGUCCCAGCUCAGUGGAAAGAAAAACUGUGCAACUCUCACCAGAGAUCAAACAGCGGGUCCAGUCAGAUCAUUAUCAGGGGGAUUUAUGCAGAUUGCAACAGCAAACACAGUGCACAAAUCAUUCCUCCCGUUGGACAUGGGAAGCAAGAAACAUGUGCAGCUAAGGAUCGAGUCAGCAUCAUGACUCCACAGCAGAAUAACGGAGACCAGAGGAAACAAAAAGCAGAAAGUGGAAGUGAAAUGUUUGGAAAAUCAGAGGCAGAAAAGAAAAUGAAGCCUGCGAUGGAGAGGAAACGCUCAGCACCUACCAUGGUCUUCAGUAAAGCACUCAACAAAUCCAGGUUACCCUCCAGAGAUGGGCCGCUUUCCCCCACGUCUCCUGACAGUAAGGCUCUGGUCCGGGCCUUCAGCAGUCCCACCACGGCCUUCAUCAUGGAUGAACAGGUCCAGCUCACGACAGGACUGCAGACACAGGAACGGCACCUCUUCCUCUUCAGUGAUGUCCUGGUGAUUACUAAAUUAAAGUCAUCGACAAACCUGAAGCUGAAGAAGCAGGUCAGAUUGUGUGAGAUGUGGACAGCCUUCUGCAAUGAUGAAGUGUGUGAGAGGAAAACAAGUCCAGAAAAUUCCUUUGUUAUUGGAUGGCCCACAACUAACUGCGUGAUCACCUUUAGUUCAUCAGAAGUAAGAGAGAAGUGGCUUUCAGCUCUGCAAUGGCAAAUCAAAGAGAUGAAAGAAGACGAACAUCCAAAGAAAAUAUCUAUGAAGCUAUUGGUGAUGACAACACAGAGUGGAGCCUCAGCAUUAACACUCAAGGUGGCUAACACAGAUACAGCAAGAAAGGUUAUUAAAAUGGCAGCUCAACAACUCAACGCAAAAGACAGCGCAAGACAUUACCAGCUUUGGGUGCUUUCAGGAAAGGAGGCAGCACCCUACCCACUGAUUGGUCAUGAGCAGCCAUUUAGUGUUGUCAUGAACUGUCUCAGAGACUUUACUGCACAUGUGGAGAGAUCUGAUCUUAACGUUUACUCCCAGCCGAGUAACAGGGUUGUCCUCCUUGAAGAUCUCCCAAAGGCGAAACAAUGUCAGUUUAUUCUGAAGCCAAGACCCCACCCGGAUAUUAAUAUGACCAGAGAAUCCACUCCAAAAACUCUUAGGAAAAAGAAGUCAAUAAUAGAUUGGGCUCUCCGACGCAGUUCCAGCAACCAGUCAGACAGUGGUCCCACCUCUGAGUCCCCAAUCACACCAAGAAAGCUGUUUGGACUCUCCCUGCCAUCCAUCUGCAAGAAUGGUACCCUGCCAAAGCCAAUCAUGGAUAUGCUUGUUCUAUUGUACCAUGAAGGCCCUUCCACCAAAGGCAUUUUCAGACGAUCAGCUAAUGCCAAGACCUGCAAGGAACUAAAAGAGAAACUGAAUUCUGGAAAUGAGGUGCACAUGGACAGGGAAUCGGUCUUUGUGGCAGCUGCUGUCAUCACGGAUUUUCUUCGUAAUAUCCCGGGAAGUGUUCUGUCGUCCGAGAUGUACGAAAAGUGGAUGGAACGAAUGGAAAAUGACAAUAAAGAGCGAAAGAUACUGUCCAUAAAGAGUCUGAUCGAGGAGCUUCCUGAAGCAAACGUUCUUCUCCUUCGUCACUUGUUUGGGGUUUUACAUCGCAUUGAAAAAAACUCAGAAGAGAACCAGAUGACAGCUUUUAACCUGGCACUUUGCAUCGCUCCAAACAUGUUGUGGCUUCCUAGUCCCAUGAGCGCAGAGGAAGAGAGCAAAUGCACAAGUAAGGUGGCCAUUCUUGUACAGUUCAUGAUUGAAAACACUCACCAAAUCUUUGGCUGUGGGCUGAGUUCUCUCUUUGGGGGAUCACAGGAUGUCCAGCAUAGUCAUUCCGAGGACUCUCUAGAUGUGGACUCGCUGCAGCCCCAGUAUUCGUCUGAUGAUACUGAUUCUGUGCUGUCCGAUCCAAAUAAACAACUACAAAAGGAGCGGCAAAGGAACUCCAUCUUCAUCACCUUGAAGGAUUCCAAGCGGUUAGCUGCUGAAGAUGCCAACAGCAUUUGGAGGCAGCAAAGAUUCUUCAGUGAAGAAGUUUCAUUGAAGAAACUGCUGGAGAAAAGUGAUAGCGGAGACAUCUGCGAGCAAUCGGAGAAUGAGUCCUUGUACUCUUGCUCCUCAGUAUCUUCCCUUGCGGCUAUUGAACGAAUGGACUCGGCCCGAGACCGCUGUUCGUCGGAGCCCAGUGUUUGCCUGCCACACCAUCUUGCUUUGUCCCAUGAACCAGUGACUCGCCAAUCCAGCUGUGAUGCCACCAUGACCCAUGGCCACAUUGACUACUUACAACAGUUGAAAAUGCUUCAGAUCGAAAGCCAGAAGCUAUUAGAUGAUGGAAAAGUACCCGCUUCUAAUAAAACGAAACACGCAUUUUGGAGGUCUCCUCGGAUUAACACCAAGACGAAACAGCCAAACUCCCAUAGGCUGAACUUGUCAACAAGGUCAAGUUUGUCUAGCCUAUCUUCUCCGACAACAUCACCUUCAGAGUCAUCACUUAGUUCAAUAGAUAGUGCCUUCUCUUAUUCUGACUCUUCGAUGUUUGGUCGCAAUGACUCGUUUCUCUGUACUUUGGGGAAUUCUGGAAGAAACCAGGCAUCCUCAUCUUGUAUGUCCAACAGGCUAUCUGGUCAAUUGCCUGAGGAAUUGCCACUUUCAACGGCUUGUUGCAUUGAUGACUUGCAUUGGUACAACGAAGUGGAGAAGGUCAUGGAGUGUGAGAACGUGAGCGUCAACUCAGCCCAACUAUCAAUAGAGUACAGAAGUCAAAAGUCUUUGGCGGUUGAAAGUUAUGAGAAUGAUAUUGGAUGCUUUACCAGUGUGACAAAUCUUGAACAAGAUCAGACCGAGACGAAUCUUGUCCAAAUUAACACAGAGACGUUAAACGGAGAAAGUCACCAAGAAAGAAAUAGCUUGACUGUUCCUAAUGCAACGCAAUUUGUCACAUUACCCGAGGAGCCAGCUUGCAGCAAUAUUAAACGCACUAAAAUAACAUUCUACAUGGCACCAGGAAAGAUCGUCUCUGUACAGCACAAGGGUGACCAAGAGAAGCAUAACCUUGAAGUUACUAAAGCGGGACAAGAAAAUACUUACCACCACACUGCUCUGCCAACUAGAACAGAGAAUGCAAGACAAUCAGGGCAGACUAUCAAGGUCCACAUCCCACAAUCUGUGUUUUAUGGACAGAAUUCGCCCUUGGUUCUCCAAUCUGUGGCAAGAAGACAAAUCUUUGAAAGGUCCAAAGCAACUAAGCAAAGAAUUAUGCCAGAGGACAUUUUAAACAGAAGCCUUUCUAGAGACUCUCCUUCACAGAACGACCAGGGAUUAUUGGACUCCUCGAGUCAGCCUCAGCAAUGUAGCAAUAGCACUAGUAAUAAAAGACGUACCAUUCAUAUUGUGUUACCCCCCUCUGUUCAAAGCACUGUCGAGGACUAUUUCCUCCACAAUGAGGCAAAACACUGCCUCAGAGACACUUCGACAGUGGAGAGCGAACUGAUUAGGACCAGGCAAGAAUGGCACAGCAAACGGUACAGCAGUACACAAUUAGAAGACUUUGAAAAGAUGAUUUUCACAGAUGAAUCUUAUGUCUGAAAAUGUAACAUUUAAGAUAAUACAGAUGUUUUCAUUACACUUUGAUAAACCAGGUCAGCUCUUCAUACUUUGCUACUGAUAUAUCCACUUCCUGCAAAUAAGAUGGCUUGGGUGGU